GAGCACUUUAAAUCUCAGGCGAGGAACGUCUUGUGUCGCUUGAAUUUACCGAUCUGAGUCCACAGCCUAUGAAAUGGUGGCUUUUGGCUCUGGACUAUGAUGUCUGCUAUAUCCCUUCUGCAGUAAGAACACCAAGGUUAUGCUGCCAAAAACCUCCCCGCUGAGUGAGAAAGAAAAAGGUUAAAGAACCCACAAGCUCUGCCUGCUGUAACCCCACCACAGAGACCAGAGCAGCCAUGAGUCAUGACUCCCCAGAUUCCAGCAAAGUCACCAAUGCUGUGGCCUCCGUCAUCCACCAUCCGGAGCCGGUGUCCCCACCCCCCCACAGUGUGCAGCCGGAGGAUGAGGAGGGGGACCUGAACAAAGCCCUGGGGGUGGAGAGUUUCCAGCAGAUCCUGCACCCCGCCCCCUGUGUUCCCGAUGAGCAGUACCGCACCUACAGUGAAGAGGAUUUUGAAUAUCACCGUCAGUCCUCACACCACACCCACCAUCCCCUGUCCAAACUCCCCUCCGACACGCGCAAGAAAAGGAGUGGCAAAAAGAAGAGUGGCGGUCAGAAGAGCUGCACAGGGGCCAGCGGGGCCCCCACCAUCGAAGAGGGAGAGGAGGAGGAGGACGAGGAGGAGGAGGAGCCCUGCAACACCCCCAAUGAAGAUGGCCGGAUGGCCACCCCUGCGCCGGACACGGACACUGGCGCCCAGGGACAGCAGUUCUUCGUUUCAGAGGAUGAUCCUCCCAUCACUAUGUCCAGUAGCCCCCUACCCGCCCAUGAGCUGAUCAUUGUACCUGAAUCGACGCUGGGCCCAUGCACUGACCUGCCAGAGGACGCCACACCCACUGAUGAGCAGGGCCUGGAGUCAGCCAUAUCCAAAGAUGGCAAGAAGGUAUCCAGCCCCAUCCCACAGCCUCCUGGCACCCCCCUCUCACCAGACAAUCCCAGCCCCCCAACCAGCACCUCCUCCGCAUGGCGCAGUUACGACCUGCAGGACCGUCGCCGCACCGGCAAUAUGACAGGUGCUGAGCAGGCCAAGUACCAGAGGAUCCCCACAGACGAGAGCGAGGCCCAGACACUGGCCUCUGCUGACCUCGAUGGCAUUAAGAGUCACCGUUUUGAGGAUGUUCCUGGAGUGCGUCGGCACCUGGUCAGGAAGAGCAAUAAAGGCCAGUUGGUGCAUAUCACCAAGGAUCACAAGGAGCCCAGUACCCGGAGCAGAAAACUGGAUCGCACCCCCCAUGAGGUGUUUGUGGAACUGAACGAACUGGUCAUGGAUAAGAACCAGGAGAUGCAGUGGCGAGAGACGGCCCGCUGGAUCAAGUUUGAGGAGGACGUGGAGAAGGAGACGGACCGCUGGGGAAAGCCACAUGUAGCUUCCCUCAGCUUCCGCAGCCUGCUCGAGCUGCGCAAGACCAUUUCACAUGGGGCGGUGCUGCUGGAUCUGGAUCAGAAGACCCUGCCUGGCAUUGCUCACCAGGUGGUGGAACAGAUGAUCAUCUCAGACCAGAUCAAAGCAGAGGACCGGGCCAAUGUGAUGAGAGCCCUGCUGCUCAAACAUAGUCACCCAAGCGAUGAAAAGGAGCACAGCACCUUUCCUCGGAACAUUUCAGCUGCCAGCCUGACCUCCCUGAAGGCCCAUCACCACACCACCAAUCAUGCCACCCAGCCAGAGCCCUCCAUCACUGACCCACUCAUGGGGAGUGGCAGCACUGACAGCGAGACCCGUAUUGAUAUCGAAAAGAAGGAGAAGGAGACUCCCUCGGUGAUAGGCAUGCACAGGUCCAAGUCUAAGCAUGAGCUGAAGCUGCUGGAGAAGAUCCCUGAAAAUGCUGAGGCCACUGUUGUCCUUGUGGGCAGUGUGGAGUUCCUUGAGCAGCCCACUAUGGCCUUUGUGCGGCUCCAGGAAGCAGUGGAGCUGGACUCUGUCCUGGAGGUGCCAGUACCAGUCCGCUUCCUCUUCGUUUUGCUGGGGCCCUCUACCACCAACAUGGACUACCACGAAAUUGGCCGUUCAAUUUCCACACUCAUGUCUGACAAGCACUUCCACGAGUCGGCGUACCUGGCAGACGACCGGCAGGACCUGCUGAACGCCAUCAACGGCUUCCUGGACUGCAGCAUCGUGCUGCCGCCCUCAGAGGUGGGGGGCGACGAGCUGCUGCACUCCGUGGCGCGCUUUCAGCGGGAGAUGCUGCGCAAGAGGGAGGAGCAGGAGGAGAAGCUGCUGGCAAAGGAGCUCAAAGGUCCUGUAGAAAAAGAAGCACUCCUCACCCCCUUUAAACCAGAAGAUGACCCUCUGCAGAGGACAGGACGGCCAUUCGGCGGUUUGAUCCGGGAUGCCCGGCGGCGAUACCCCAAGUACGUCAGUGACUUCACAGAUGCCCUGAACGCCCAGUGCAUGGCAGCUGUCAUCUUCAUCUACUUCGCUGCCCUUUCACCUGCCAUCACAUUUGGGGGGCUGCUGGGUGAGAAGACGGAAGGUCUGAUUGGAGUGUCAGAGCUGAUUGUGGCUACGGCGGUGCAGGGUGUGAUCUUCUGUCUGCUUGGAGCCCAGCCCCUGCUGGUAGUGGGCUUCUCUGGCCCCCUGCUGGUGUUUGAAGAGGCCUUCUACUCAUUCUGCAAAGGGAACAACAUGGAGUACCUGACGGGUCGUGUCUGGAUCGGUUUCUGGCUCAUCAUCAUUGUGGUCCUCAUGGUGGCCUUUGAGGGCAGCUUCCUGGUGCGCUUUGUCUCACGCUUCACCCAGGAGAUCUUCGCCUUCCUCAUCUCCCUCAUCUUCAUCUACGAGACAUUCUCCAAGCUGGGAAAAAUCUUCAUGGAGCACCCCCUGCAACGGUGUUCCCUGGACAACAACACAGUAAAUAACGUCACAACGGGAAGUGUCACUGUGCUGUCACCAGAUAACAGCACUGCCACCACACCCAUUAAGGUGCUUGGUAAGCCAAACACCGCCCUGCUCUCCCUGGUCCUUAUGUCUGGCACUUUCUUCAUCGCCUUCUACCUGCGCAAGUUCAAGAACAGUGCCUUCUUCCCUGGCAGGCUCCGAAGGGUGAUUGGAGAUUUUGGCGUACCCAUUGCCAUCUUCAUCAUGGUCUUGGUAGACUACAGCAUACGAGACACCUACACACAGAAACUGAGCGUGCCACAUGGCUUCUCCGUCACCAGCCCAGACAAGCGCAGCUGGGUGAUCAACCCUUUGGGGUCGAGCGGAGAGUUUCCCAUCUGGAUGAUGGCAGCCAGCAUUCUCCCUGCCCUGCUGGUUUUCAUCCUCAUUUUCAUGGAGACACAGAUUACCACUUUGAUUGUCAGUAAAAAGGAGCGGAUGCUGGUGAAGGGGUCAGGGUUCCACCUGGACCUGCUGGUCAUCGUGGCACUGGGCGGGACCUCCGCCCUCUUCGGGCUGCCCUGGAUGGCUGCCGCCACCGUGCGCUCCGUCACCCACGCCAACGCCCUCACCGUCAUGAGCAAGGCCGUCGCCCCUGGAGACAAGCCGCGCAUUCAGGAGGUCAAGGAGCAGAGGGUGACCGGGUUGCUAGUAGCCGUUCUCGUGGGCCUGUCCAUUGUGAUAGGAGACCUCCUGCGUCAGAUCCCCAUAGCAGUGCUGUUUGGGAUCUUCCUUUACAUGGGCGUGAUGUCACUUAACGGCAUCCAGCUGACGGAGCGCAUCCUGCUGCUACUCAUGCCACCCAAAUACCACCCUGACCAAAUCUUUGUGCGCAAGGUGCGGACGUGGCGGAUGCACCUGUUCACAGGUAUCCAGAUGGUGUGUCUGGCCGUGCUGUGGGCAGUCAUGUCUACCAUAGCCUCAUUGGCCUUCCCCUUCGUCCUCAUCCUCACUGUCCCUGUAAAAAUGUUCUUGCUGCCCCGCAUCUUCACCGCCCAUGAGAUGCAAUGCCUGGAUGCAGAUGAUGCUGAGCCCACCUUUGACGAGAAGGAGGGGCAGGAUGAGUACACCGAGAUGCACAUGCCAGUGUGAGCCACACCCACACACACUCCCGUCAGUGGCCAGCCUGCCAAUCGCUCAAGCCAGCCAGCCAGUCAGACAAGGGCAUCAGAGGUCCAUGCACCUGAGAGCUGCUCUGUGUUCAACAUUUCAGUUUUCUUAUUACCAUUUCAUUAUUGUCACAAACAUUUAGGAAUUUUAAUUUAUUUUGCUGAUGGAUCUAUGUACAUGCAAAAUCCCACUACGGAACCUGCUCCAGUGAACGGUCCCCAACUUUCAAGGCCAGAGCCUGCCCAACAUGAUGUUCACGUUUUGACAUUUUUGUAACAUAACGAUGAAACACAAA